AUGGGGAAGCAGGGCAGCUCGUCGUACCCGGCGCGCUCUUCGGGGUGGCGCAGCAGCAACCACCAAUGGCAGCAGUGGCAGGGCCGGGGGUACGGCCACUGGCGCUCCGACGCCGGCGGCGGCAGCCGGCAAUAUGGCAGCGCCGAGGUGCUCGAGUGGCGCCUGCAGCAGGUGGAAGAGCAGAUGGCCGACUCUGGCAGGAGCCGGCGCCGGAGCCGGGAUCGCAAGCACCGGCGGCGGUCGCCCUCUUCCUCCACAAACUCUUCUUCCUCCUCGUCCUCGGAUUCGGAGCGGCGCCGGGGCCGCAAGGACAAGAAGAGCAAGAAGGGCAAGAAAUAA